AUGAAUGGUAUAGGUAUCCUAGUAUAUGAUGAGCUCAGAAAGCAAGUGGUAGAGUUUAAGAGGGUCAACAAUAGGAUGAUGUCAAUUAAACUAGUUAUUGGAGAGUCUUCUUGGAAUAUUAUUAGUGCAUAUGCCCCGCAUAUAGGCUUGGAUGAGGAAGAGAAGAAGAGGUUUUGGGAGGCUUUGGACGAGAUGGUGAGAGAUGUCCCUAGUAAUGAUAAGAUUUUUAUAGGAGGGGAUUUCAAUGAGCACAUAGGGUCUUCUUCAAGGGGUUAUGAUGAUAUGUAUAAAGGCUAUGGGUUUGGUAUAAGGAAUGACGAAGGAGUGGCACUUUUGAAUUUUGCUCGGGCGUUUGGAUUGGUG